AGACGCGACUUCACUCCUCUCACCAAAAACUCACCAAAUUCUCAUUAAAAUGUCAGAAUGAGGAGACAGAAGAGACCGAAUAAAGCUGGACUCGGGGUAAACACGGCUGGUUUGUGGAUUUAAAGAGGCUGUUGUGAGCAGGAGAGGAGGAACAGGAGGUGUUAUGGGGAAGGAGGUGAACGGAGUGUCGCGGAGCCGCUUUGAGAUGUUCUCAAACAAUGAUGAGGCCAUCAUCAACAAGAAACUGCCAAAGGAAUUAUUAUUACGAAUCUUUUCCUUCCUGGACGUGGUGACGCUCUGCCGCUGUGCUCAGGUAUCUCGGUCGUGGAACGUUCUGGCUCUAGACGGGAGUAACUGGCAGCGCAUCGACCUGUUCGACUUCCAGAGAGACAUCGAGGGUCGUGUGGUGGAGAACAUCUCUAAGAGAUGUGGAGGGUUCCUGAGGAAGCUCAGUCUGCGGGGGUGUUUAGGUGUGGGCGACAGUGCGCUCAGAACGUUUGCACAGAACUGCAGGAACAUCGAGCUGCUCAGUCUGAACGGCUGCACCAAGAUCACUGACAGUACCUGUAACAGUCUGAGUAAAUUCUGUCCCAAACUGAAGCACCUGGAUCUGGCGUCCUGCACCUCCAUCACCAACCUGUCACUCAAAGCUCUCAGUGAGGGCUGCCCCAUGCUGGAACAGUUGAACAUCUCAUGGUGUGAUCAGGUGACCAAAGAUGGGAUCCAGGCCCUGGUGCGCUGCUGCCCCGGUUUCAAGGGUUUGUUCCUCAAGGGCUGCACACAGCUGGAGGACGAGGCUCUGAAGCACAUCGGCGCUCACUGUCCAGAACUGGUCACCAUCACCCUCCAGUCGUGCUCGCAGAUCACAGACGAAGGCCUGAUCACGAUCUGUCGUGGUUGCCAUCGCUUGCAGUCUCUGUGCGUCUCCGGCUGCUCUAACAUCACCGACGCCAUCCUCAACGCCCUGGGACAGAACUGCCCUCGUCUCAGAAUAUUAGAAGUGGCUCGUUGUUCGCAGCUGACCGACGUGGGCUUCACCACUCUGGCGCGGAACUGUCAUGAGCUGGAGAAGAUGGAUCUGGAAGAGUGUGUUCAGAUCACGGACGCCACGAUCAUCCAGCUCUCCAUACACUGCCCUCGACUCCAGGUCCUGAGUCUCUCCCACUGCGAGUUGAUCACGGACGACGGGAUCCGACACCUGGGCAGCGGGCCGUGUGCCCACGACCGUCUGGAGGUGAUCGAGCUGGAUAACUGCCCCCUGAUCACCGACGCCUCGCUGGAGCACCUCAAAACCUGCCACAGCCUCGACCGCAUCGAGCUCUACGACUGCCAACAGAUCACACGGGCUGGCAUCAAGAGGCUCAGAACUCACCUGCCCAACAUUAAAGUCCACGCCUACUUUGCACCUGUGACUCCGCCCCCGUCAGUGGGCGGGAGCCGCCAGAGGUUUUGUCGCUGCUGCAUCCUUCUAUGAUGUCACAGACUCUCCCUCCUCCACCCUGGAUGCCCUAUGACCCCAGAUGCCCAGUAGCACAUGCUAGCGGAGGGACGGAGAGGAUCUUCCUCAGACCGAGCGAGCGUUCGUUUCUCCUCCUGCAUCAUUCAGUUUGUGUUAUAGUGAAGGUAAUGAAGGGAAAAUCCACCUCCUGCAGGCCAGUGUUCAGUAGCUCCCUCUCGUGGAGAAUCUUAACCGUAAACCAUUGCUGGUCAGAUAAGUGAGUACUGAGUUACAGAGUGAGUCACUGAAUCAACAAUUCAUUAGUCAGGUUAAGUGAAUCAGCUGAGUUAAUGAGUCAAGAGUUGAUUGAUUAGUUGGUGAAUCAGUCAUCAGUCUCGACUCGGGGUUAGAAUCCGCUUCAGUUAAUGCAUCACAUGUUGGGCUGUGAAUCGAUCUGUAAGUCACUGUGUUGGUGUUUGUUAUUCAGUAACAAAUCAGUCAUGAGUCAUGAGCUGGUAAGUGAUUAGUUGGUCAUUAAAACAGCAAGUUUAGGAGUCAUGAGUCACUGAAAUAAUGAGUUGGGAAAACACGAGUGGGUCAGUGAAUCACUGAGUUAGUGAAUCAUGAGUAAGUGAAUCAUUGGGUUGGUGAAUCAUGAGUAAGUGAAUCAUUGGGUUGGUAAGUCACGAAUCAGUCAGAGAAUCAAUUAGUGAGUCAUGAGUCAGUGAAUCAUUGAAAUGGUGAGUCAUGAUUCAGUUAUUUACUGAGAUGGUCAGAUGAGUCAGUACUCUACUCGUAUCUGAAUCACAGAUUUGGUGAGUCGAUCAGAGAAAUAAGAAGGAGGAAAAAGAGUGAGUCAGUGAAUCACUGGGUUGGUAAAUCAUGAGUAAGUGAAUCAUUGAGUUGAUGAGUCAUGAGUCGGUGAAUCGUUGGGAUGGUGAGUCAUGUCAGUGAAUCACAGAGAUGGUAAGUUGUGAGUCAUGAGCUAGUCAGUGAAUCACUGAGUUGGUGAAUCAUUGGGUUGGUGAGUCAUGAGUCAGUUAGUAAAUCAAUGAAUUAGUGAGUCAUGAGUCAGUGAAUCACUGAGUUGGUGAGUCAGUCAGAAUAAUAAGAAGUUGGGAAGGAAUGAGUGGGUCAGUGAAUCAUUGAGUUGGUGAGUAAACUGCCGUGCGGGUGAGUUCUGGAUCAGUUAGGAUUCAUUAAGACGGCCUGUAAAGAGGUAUUGACAUGUUGGUCAGUGAGUCGGUUAUUCAGUUAUGAGUUGCUCGGCUAGUCAUGAACCGGUUGGUCUGUUGGCGAGUCCAUGUGACAAAGACGCUUCUGUAAAACUGCUCAUUAUUUCCAAAUUCAUCUCAAUUAGGUUUAAUUUAUUUUUAAUUACUUUAUAUCAUAAAUUCAAAAAACUUUCUGCUUAAAUUUGAGUUAAAAAGCCUCAAAAACAUAAAUUAUUAAAAUAAACACUACAGUGGCGCACACACGCGCUCACACACGCUCUGUUGAAGGUGUAGUUGGUGUGACGGAGGAAGCUAUUUUUCUAAAGCAUUAAAUUAAACCUCAUACUGUCGACCGGACCGGACCGGAUCGGAUCAGACCAGACUGGAUCGGACCUGACUCGACUGGAUCACACCGGACCGGACUGGAUCGGAUCAGAUCAGACUGGAUCACACCAGACUCGACUGGAUCACACCGGACUCUACUGGUUUGGACCGGACUGGACUGGAUCGGAUCCCACAAGCUGCAUGUUACAAAUCUAGUUUUGUAAAAACUAUCCAUGGGCGGAGCCUGAAUUGAACCAGCCAAUGAGCACCCAGGAACGAGUGAGCCAUGUGACCUCGUAUUGAAUUGCAGGAGGUAGAUGGAACUUUCAGUGGGCGUGGCCUGCAUGCAUCACUGAUGAACAUGAGCUACAUCACAGCCAGCCAAUCAGAUUGCAGAAGGACGGAACGACCAGUGACAUCAUGCACAGUAGAAUUUGACCUGAACCUACACACACACACACACACACCAGGGCGCAGUAAUGAACCGAACCAAUCAGAGUGUGUGUUACGCUGGGAACAUGCUCAACACACGUACAUAAACGCAGCAGCACGUGAGGGCGGCACGGCGCACGAUUCUAAACCUAAUGUGCUCUACUCAAGGGGGCGCUAGAGUCACCCACACCAAACCUGACCACGUGUCAUGUGGUUGUAUGAGUGAUGCAGCUCUGAGAUGUAAAAGUCAACACACUCACACACUGUGUGUAAGAAACAGUAGAGCAGUGAUUAAGGUCCUGGAUUAGUGAUCAGAAGGUUGCUGGUUCAAGCCCCAUCACUUCCAGGUUGCCUCUCUAGGACGCCUGAGCGAGGCCCUUAACCUCCAGUUAACUGGCUUGUAUAAGGUCACAGUUGUAAGUCACGUUUAGACCAAGCGCCUGCCAAAUGCUGUAAAUGUUAAUCAGAGAGAGGUACCAAUGCUACCGCGUGCUGAGAAUGCAGCUUUCACUUACGUUGAGUGAUGAAAUGCGUCCUGGAUGCUGGAAGUGUUUGUGUAUUUGUGUUGCGUAUCUUCCUGGCUUUAAUGUCGUUUGUGUCGAUUUGUGUUUUUUGUGUUUGUCAUUUUGGACUGAUUCAAAUGGUGUUCCAACAGUGUGUGUGCGUGUGUGUGGGGCUAUAAGUGAAGUUUAAAAACUGGAUCUUUCUAACACACACACUCCCCUCUAACCCUGUGUUCUGGCAAAUGACAACAUGAACAGUGAGCACAGAAAUGGCCAUUUUAUGAGCUACACCCUCCAUAUGGAGGAAAUAAAGUUAAAAAUAUAAGCAUUAUGUUUAGUUUUGCUCUAUUAAGACUUCAUCCCUACUCACCUGUGAGCAAAAUCCCUCGUACGUUUCUUCAGACCUUUAUUUUUAUUAGAGAUAAAAUCUGGUCUUAAAAUAUACUGUGUACAGGAGUUACUUCGGUCCGCCAGUGUGAAUACAAAGCAACACACACACACACACAGAUACACAGAUACGUCUCCCUCUGAUUACACAGUGCUUUUUACACUUCUGAUGCGUGCGUACGCGCUCGGUUCAUUAAGGAUUGUGUGAUUUCAGUUUGGACUGUAGUUGUUGAAAUGAUGCUGUAAAUCUGUACCAUUUUACUUUGUUUUUAUUUUUACAAUUAACCAUAUAAAUAAAUGAAUAUGUAUGUAUGAAUAAAUAUAUAACUAUAUUAUUAUUAAA